AGGAACUUCGCCAGUAGGGCACAUCUGGGCAGUGCUCCAUUCACACCUGGGCUGCACUGCUCUCAUCCUGGCUUCACAGGUACUUAGAAGAACAUGUAGUAGAGUUUUUCAUCAAACAAAUGGAACAUAUCACAGAACUUUGCUAAGAUGGACAACUCGACACACAAAGACCAACACCCUGACAAAAAAUAUUCCAGCCAUGCCAACAAAUUACAGAAAGGUUUUACUGCUGCAUAUCCAACACAAUCCUCCAUCCCUUUUAAAAGCCAGACUGCAACAAUUCCGGAAUCAGAGAAAAAGGGAUUCAAUAGUCAAGCGAAGAGAUUUUAUUAUAAAAAGGAUACCAUCCCAGGUCCGGGGUUCUACAACGUCAUUCACCAAUCUCCAGUGUUCAACAGUGCCUCGUUGUCUAAGAAAGGAACGUGCACUUUUCCCUCUAUGCGCGCCCGACUGGACACCAUCGUUUCUAAAUACCCUGCGGCUAACGCAUACACUAUCCCAUCACGUUUCGUCUCGAAGAAGGACUUCAGUAAUUCCUGUUCGAGCAUGUUCCAGUUGCCGAGCUUUGCAAAAGUCCUCAAAUUUGAACCCCCUGCACCAAACCAGUACAAUGCCUCUGUCUCUUACUGCAAGCAGAGAAACAACGUCUGUGCCCGAGCGGGGUUUAUGUCCAAAACCCAGAGAGGAUUUUUCACUAUCGCUGAAACAGGACCUGCCCCAGGGCAUUAUAAUAUCAACGAAUCCCUUGUGAAGCAGUCGCCAAAGGUAUUAAUGUCUUGUUUUAAAUCAAAAACUGGACGUGGAUUAAAACUGACAUCAACAGGCCCGGGACCUGGGUAUUACAACCCCAAUGAUCACACCAAGAUUCUGAAAAAGACUCUUAUCCCGAAAAACCCCAUCCUGAACUUCUCGGCGCAGCCUUUGCCCCUGCCCCCGCAGCCGCCCCUCCCAGGUCCUGGGCAGUACGAGAUCGUGGACUACGCGGGGCCCCCCAGGCACUUCAUCUCCUCUGCGUCCUUUGUGUCCAGCACCAGCCGGUGGACAGCGGCCCCGUCCCAGCCAGGCCUGCCGGGCCCAGCCACGUAUAGGCCAGAAUUCCCUGGAAAGCAGUCCUUUCUCUACAACGAGGACAACAAAUGGAUCCCAGUGCUGUAGGGACUCACACAAGCUCAGGGAGAACCCUGGCCACCAGCUGCCCCACCCAGGUUCCCCAGGACAUUCAUUCAGAGAAUGCCCAUUUCAUGAGUGACAGAUGACUCCCCAGGGGGCAGCUCUGCUCCCGUCCCCUCCGCCCCUAGCUGGUGUAGAGCUGGGCUCCUGCGUUUGUCCUUGUCUUGAGCUGCCCCCUGGAGAUUGGACUGGGUGGUUUCCUGAGCAGAAAUGAGGAGUGGACAGGGCCUCCCUUGGUUACCUGGCCAUGCACCUGUCCAUGCUGGCUUUCGCAGCCUCCCCAUGGAUGUAGGGGGCUGCUGAAGCUCAGACUCCAGGGAGAAGGUGGCCAACAGCAGAUUCCACAUCUAGAAGCCUGAUGCUGAGCCACGGCUCUGGGGUCCAGAGUGCACCUGCUGGGUGGACCACACAGGACCGCAACACAGGCACACUCCCAUCCUUCGGCCUUGACUUGCAGACUUCCCCUGGAGUCUCAGGAGCUGGGCAGGCCCAGAGGUGCAUGUGACAGACAUGAAGGGGUUGCCCGGGCCCUUGCCUCCAGCUGAGCCUUCGUAUCUCAUGUUUGGGAAGAGCAUGGCAGCCAGUCACCGUGGUCACUUGUGUUCAUUACCCGCCUUCAGGAGAGGCCACCACAUCCACUUAGUGGCUCAGUAUUGGGCAGCCCAUGUGGGCAGGAGCCUGCCGGAGCCAGGGCCCUGGAAACUGCGAUUCUGAGGGGCAGGGAGGCCACGCACCACUUGGCGCCUGCAGGUUCUUUCUUUCCCCGGGACUUCCCUGUCCCCGGGCCUGGCCUCCAUCUCCUCCCAGACCUCCUGCUCAAGUGCGACACAGUCUUUAGUGGAUAUUUUCUGGCCCGCCAAAUCGGUUUCCUCCUGGCAAGAGGAAGAGAUUCCCAAAGAACCAAGGGGAACUGGGACUGAGCACCCAUCCCCUCCUUCCCCAAAUACCGUUGUUCCCGUCUGCAAGUGCAGGGCUCUGGUGCAGCCCCCUUCCCGUGCCCCACAUAGUCAAGACGUCUCACUCCCCGGGCCCUGCCUCUGAUUUUUCUCUGUGACCAGAGAACGACCUUCCUGUCAGAAUGGCUGCUGACUGGCCCUCCCUUUGGGGAGGGGUGGGUGAGGAAGAGGGAGGGAGAAGGAUAGAAUACCAUAGCCAAUUAAACUGAAUUCUUGCAUCUCACAAGAGCUGGCCUUUUUGUGAACCCCAGAUUCCCGCCAAUGCACGCUGUCUUGGGGUGCGUGGGAGGUGGCCUGGAGCACCUGGCAAAGCACCGUGCAAGGCUGGACCUCGGGGCAGAAUGCUUUGUGUUCCCCUCCUGUCGGGUCCGUAGCUUCUCCUUGAAGGAGAAGAGUCAGAUUCAAAUUCCGGGGCUCAAGGUCAACACUUCCAGGGGCUGGGCAGGUAGUGCGUAGAGGAAAGUAGGUAAGGCCGGGAUAGGGAGUGGGAGCUGAGGCCGCUCGUCUGAAGGGGCAUCCAACACGGCUCCAGCUAACUGUGGCCACAUCUGCAGAGUUUCAAUGGAAUCUGGGAAGUCUUUAAAAUGUGAAAUCUCCUGAUUGGAGAUGUUGACAACCAUCUUUCAACUUGAAAUUUUUUGUUGGGGCUAAAGGAAACUUCUGCAGGCCAUCCGUUGUCCCCUUGGGUUGUAGAAGUUCUGGAAGACCCUUGCAAAGUUGGCACUUGAUGCUGUACCUUUCUUUGAACCCAGACUUUUGACAAUGGGGCCAGACCCCAACGCCUUGAGAUUUAGGUCCCUCUGACCCUGGGGGACCUUUAGCAGACGAUUGGGCUGGACGCCGCCGGCCCUAGGGUCUCUGUGGGCAGAGGCUGGGAAAUGUAUAGGAAAAUGAGCCAGGCCUCUCCUGCCCUCGGGCAGCCAGGCUGAGCACCGGCAGGUAAAGGCCGUCUCUCCAGAGGAGCCCCCUCCACGUGGGGUCAGGAAAAAGGGGACUCUGGGAAAAAGAAUGGCAGGGCUGCCCUUGGCCAGUCUGAAUCCGGGUUCUAUCAAAGACAUGAGUGGAGCUGAGGCCCUGAACUCGGAGGGUCUGUCUUGACCAUGUCUAGCCUCUCUUAACGUGUCAUGAGCUGUCUACAGCCUGUCCAGCCCAGCGGUUCUCAGACCCUGGCCAUACGUUAGGAUCACCUUGGGAGCUGUUACAGAGACAGGCUGCCCAGGCCCCAAUCCUUAGAGUUCUGAUUUAAUUAAUCUGAGGUAGGGUCUGGGCCUUGGUAUCUGUAUUAAAGUUCCCAGCAUGAUGAUAAUGUGUCCCAGUUAGGGUUAGGAUACAAUGAUAGUUUAUUAAAGUAUUUUCCGAAUUUUAAUGUGCAUGCAAAUCACUUGGAUAGCUUGUUAUAAAAGGCAGAUUCUGUAGAUCUGGGAUGGGACCCGAGAGUCUGCAUUUCAUUUUCUUUCUUUUUUUUUUUGAGAUAUAAUUGACAUAGAACAUUGUACUAGUUUUUGGUGUAAGCAUUUCUAGCGAGCUC